UUGUACUGUGCCUGGGAAAGCGCCCGCGGUGGGCUGCAAGGGACAUAUCUCCGACAACAGGGAAAGGCCCGGGACCAGAGAGACCCCUGGGCAUCCUGGGAAGGGCAUGGGCUCUGUGUUGAGCAGGGGCGUCCAGAACCUAAGCCUGGUCUAGGCAUCCAGGAGAGGAACGCAGGCUAGUGCACCCGACAUGCGGUGGGAGAACACACCCAGAGGCGGAAGCGGCGCGCGGAGACCCCCAGGGGGCGCCGGAAGGGGCGCGCUGGGCGGUUGGUCGCGGCCGGGGCGGUGGCCGUUGGCAAUCAGCGGCCUGGGCCAGGCGAGGUCAGGCGUCUGGCCAGGCCGCGGCCACCAUGACCAACGGCUCGCCCAGCUCUUUGGGCGGAGGCCGUGCGACACCCAAGAAGCCGGGUAGUCGGGGCCCAGCGGCUGCAGUACUGGAGGAACAGAGGCGGGAGCUGGAGAAGCUGCGGGCCGAGCUGGAGUCGGAGCGGGCGAGCAGGCGAGCGGAGCGGCGGCGCUUCUCGGCCCAGGCGCGCCAGCUGCGGGAGGCGGCCGAGCGGGAGCGGCAGCAGCUGGUUGACCACCUGCGCUCCAAGUGGGAGGCACAGCGCUGCCGGGAGCUGCGGCAGCUUCGGGCGGAGGUACGGCGAGAGCGCGAGACCGAGAUCCGGCAGCUGCUGCGCUGGAAGGAGGCCGAGAAACGGCAGCUGCAACAGCUGCUGCACAGCGAGCGCGACGACGUGGUGCGCCAGGCUCGGGAGCUGCAGCGCCAGCUGGCCGAGGAGCUCGUGAACCGGGGUUACUGCGGCCGCGCGGGGGCGCCCAGAGUCGCCGCCUCACAGUGCCGCUGUCGCCUACAAGAAGUACUGGCGCAGCUUCGUUGGGAGACCGACGGCGAGCAGGCCUCGCGCAUCCGCCACCUGCAGGCGGCGCUCGAUGUGGAGCGUCAGCUCUUCCUCAAGUACAUCCUGGAGCACUUCCGCUGGCACCCUGCUUUGUCCGGUCCCAAGACCUUCGAGGACUCUCGAGGCCCCCUAAAGUCCGCCAGUCUCCUCGAAUCCCUCGACGGCGUGAGCGCUGGCUACCGCGCGCGCUCCCGCUCCCUGGACAUGGGGCGUGCGGCGUGCCCCAACUCUCCAGACAGCCUGCUCCCCAAGCGCGCCAGUUCCCUCAAUUCCUUGGCACCAGCGCGUUCCCGCUCGCUCGACAGCACCCUGAGUCGCCUCAAAGCCCCCGAAUGCCAGCCCCUUUGGGCCGUCUCUUCGCCAGCCGUCUCCAUCCUGGGCUCCCCGAAUCCCCCGCCGCCGCCGCUACCAUCGCCACCACCACCGUCGGAGCACAGGACCCCAGGCGACCCUCCACGAGAAGACGACUCCGGGAGCCAGCCCUGUGAGUCCCUGACCCCUUCACCGCCUGUCCUGAACUACCACGAGCUGGUGAAGCGGAACUCAGAACUGUCUGAGGCGUUGCAGGUGCGGGCGCGCCGCCGCUCUGGUCUGCACAAAAAGAACACGUUGCUGCGGCGCGCGGGCUUCCCCGACGCGGUCGAUGAGAAGGUGAAACGGCUUAAGGAGAAGCGCGCGGAGCCGACAGGCCUGGCGCAGCGCCUAGAGGACCGGGCUCGCAAGCUGCAAGACACCAACCUGCGGGCUGUGAGAGCUCCUGUGCUGGGCGAGAGCUGCGCUGGCCUGGAGCUGUGGCAGGCUUUCGCCUGCCAGCGCGCCCGGGACUUGUCGGAGCAGGCGAGUGCGCUGCUGGCCAAGGACAAGCAGAUCGAAGAGCUGCGGCAGAAGUGCCACCUGCUGCAGGCGCGCGUCGCCUCGGGCCUCGCCAGCGCCCCGCACUCUGGGGUGGGUGUCUCCCAAGCCCAGUGGCUCAGUGUCAGCGACUUGGACCGGCGGCAGCGAGAGUCCCAGCGGGAGGUGCUGCGCCUGCAGAGGCAGUUGGCGCUCCAGCAGGCCACCGGCAGCACCCGCCCGAAGCCCGGUGCCCGCAGCGCACCCUGCGAGGAGGCGCGGCGCCAGGUGCAGGCCCUGGAGAGCGAGCCGGGAGCGCGGCGGCGCGAGUGCGAGGAGCUGAGCGCGCAGGCGGCGGCGGCGCGGCGGAGCGGCGAGGAGGCGGAAGCGCAGCUGCAGGCGGCUCUGUGCGAGGGCUCCUGGCUGGCCGAGGAGAAGGCGCAGUUCCAGGCCCAGGCCGACUGGACACAGGUGGCGGACGAGAACAAGGACGUGUGCGAACAGCUGGGCCGCGCGUGCCAGGAGCGCGACGCCGCGGGCUUGCUGGCGGAGCAGCUGCUGCAGCAGGCGGCGCGCGGGCAGGACAGGCGGCAACAGCUGGAACACGACCUGCAGAAGGCGCCGUGUGAUCUGCAGGCUCCUCGGGAGGAGACGCGCGCCCUGCCGUGCCAGCCUGGUCACGCGCCCCAGGAACCCGAGGGAGCCCCCCACGCCCUGGAGUCCCCAGUUACGGGUAGCAGAAGGACCAAGUUGCAGCCAGGGCCUAAAGACCAAGCCCCGUCCCAGCCUGGCAAAGACCAAGUGAAGGAGAAGGCAGAGUCUCUGCUGGAGAGCCCAGCUGCCCUCAGGGAGCCAGCCAGCGACCCCCACGUGCCAGACAGCAUCCCAAACAGCCGGCCUUUGGACUCCAGGCCCCAGGCCAAGAAAGCUAGCUCCCAGUGGAACUCCUCCUCUGAGGUGGGGUCCGCGUGGGCGACUGUGCCAUCCUGCCCAACUCUGGACAUGGACACAGCCAGCAAGGCGGAGGAUCUAGAGCCUGAGAGUGCGUCCUUGACCCUGGAAAUGGGGGACUCAGAGGCUCCCCCCACCCCCCAGCUCAGGAUCUUCCUGGCUCAGUAUAGCUACAACCCACUUGAGGGACCCAAUGAGCACCCUGAGAGUGAGCUGCCCCUCACAGCUGGGGAUUAUAUAUAUAUCUUCGGGGACAUGGAUGAAGAUGGCUUCUAUGAAGGGGAGCUUGAGGACGGCCGGCGAGGACUGGUGCCCUCCAACCUGGUGGAGCAGAUUCCAGACAACGACAUCCUGGGCUGCCUGCCCCCCACAUUCCCUGACCUUGGCCCCCCAUGGCUCCUGGCUGGGCAGGGCAACGCUUCAAAGGAAAACACUGGGCAAAGCUUAUUGCCUGGGAAAGCCCAGGAAACUGUGGACAAGGGGCUGUGCCAGAUGGUGAGGGUAGGCUCCAAGACAGAAGUGGCGACAGAGCUCUCAGAUGCCAAGAUGGAAGAUGGCUGGCUGGGCUCACUGAAUUAUGCACAGGAGCAGAGGUUCUCCAGAUCCCUUCUGGGAGCAAGAGGGGUCCUUUGUGUGGCCCCCAUGCAAUUACACCUGCAGAGAGUUGCAGCCACAUCAGCUGAGAUCACCUGGGUCCACAGCAGCAGCAGCCAUGCCCACAUGGUAUACCUCGAUGACCAGGAGCAUGCCCUAACCCCAGCAGGGGUGAGCUGCUACACCUUCCACAGCCUGUGUCCUGGCACAAGGUACCAGGUGCGGGUGGAGGUGCAGCUGCUGUGGGACUCACUGCAGGUGUGCUGGAAAACAAUGUCUCCUACCAUCACCUUCAACACACCCGUGGCAGGACCCCCUGACCCUCCCCUGGAUGUGCUGGUGGAAUGUCACCCUUCACCAGGUCUCCUGGUGGUCAGCUGGCUCCCAGUGACCAUCGACUCAGCUGGGUCCUCCAACGGAGUCCAGGUCACUGGCUAUGCUAUAUACGCUGAUGGGCUCAAGGUUGCGGAGGUCACCGAAGCCACAGCUGGGAGCACCGUGUUGGAGUUUUCCCAGCUCCAGCCUACCCUGAUGUGCGAGAAGGUCUCGGUGAGAACUAUGUCACUUUGUGGCGAGUCUCUGGAUUCUGUGCCAGCUCAGAUCCCUCACAACUGUUUAGCCUGUCACCAAUUGCCAGAGACUUCUCCCUUGAGGUGCACCUAUGGUGACCUGUCCACCUGCACAGUCACCUUCCCUGUCUGCCCUCAGAGGCUGACACUAGCUUCCCUGAGCUCCAACAGCAGCCCUCACACCCCUGGAAGCUGCGGGGAGAACCAGGCUGAGUUCCUAGAAGUAAUCGUUGAAGAAACCCCAAGGAGGAGGUCCCCACUGCCCACCCUGAGUUCAGAAGGAGAAUGUCCAAGUGCGGGAUCUGACAGUCAAGCUCAGGGGCCUGAGGAGGCCUGGGAGGUCUGCAGAAAGGCCCUGCUCUUUUAGAAGAGUCCCCAGAACCACAGACUGCCUCUGCCCAGUGGCCAGUGCAGGAGGGAGGAAGACUACUACCAGCACACGGGCACCCGACAAAGCCCUGCCCUGGGGGCUGCCCAUGUAUCCCCUGAGUGUGGGCCCAGGAAGGAAAGCUGAAGGAGGUCGUGCUAAAGAGCAGCAAGGUCGUGCGGGCUGACGUCUGUGUUGUGGGCAUUGGUGCUGUGCCCGCCACGGGCUUCCUGAGGCAGAGUGGCAUCGAUCUGGAUUCCCGGGGCUUCAUCCCAGUCAA